UGUUUAUCUCGGUGUGUGACAUAACUCAACUAUUAUUUUCUUUCUCUGCAGCUACGCUAAUGAUCUCCAGAAAUUCUUCAGUUGUCCAUCAAGUGGGCUGGAACUAAACCAAAUUGCUUGCUGCAAAUAAAUUGGCGCAGAAGCCCUCACGAUGCACGGGCUGUCUUUUGGCUCCCAGCGGUAUUGAUGGAGUAAAAACUGGACCCAGUAGGUGACUUGGAAAAUUCCACUGGGGAAAUAUUUCCCUUGGACCUUCACCCCUCCAGCCAUGGACUCUUCGGUGGUCAUUCAGGAAGCCAGCAAUGGUACCCCCAGCAGUUCUGAACAUCAACCAGACCUGGAGGCCAAAUCUAAGUGGAUAAAGGAAGAUGUUAACUUGGUUAGUGUAAAUAACAGCCGAGUGUCAACCGAAGGGGACACCUUAGCCCUCAAGAGCAGCCCAGACCCUUGUGCGAACGGACCGACGCCUUAUGACCCCGAACAGCCUGUGACCUUUGGCCCCAUCAAAAGCGCCCGGGAGGAUGAAGCAGCUUCAGGUGUGCUUGGUGUCCAUGAGCACCUAGAGGCAUCUCAGGGCGGUAGUGAUGAGAGCUUAGCUCUUAGGAAGGACACCCUGCAGUCUCUCAAACUAAGCCUCCCUUUGCAAGAAACCAAACUGUGCUCAGCCGAUGCUCCUCUCCCGCUGGAGAAGGAAGAACUGAUCCGGCUUCAGGCCCGGAAGCGCCUGGAAGAACAGCUCAAGCAGUAUCGGGUCAAGAGGCAUCAAGAGAGACUGUUUACAGCUAAAAGCCGCCUCUCCAGCACCCUGGAUCCCGAGCUGAUGUUCCAUCCGGAGCUCUUACCAAGGGCCAGCCCUGUGGCGAUGACCAAAGAAUAUUCCUUUUUGAGAACCAGUGUCCCGCGAGGACCGAAAGUGGGCAGCCUGGGUCUCCCAGCUUCCUCGAAAGAGAAAAAAAGUCCCAAAUCUUCCAAAACAAGCCGGAUUCGCUCUCUGGCAGAUUAUCGAACGGAAAACCCCGACGGCAGCACCAGUGGGACCGUCCCGGUGGCCGAUUCAUGGGGCGGAUCGCUGAAAGCCAACUCAAACAGUCUGACCUCGGUUCUGUCUUCCGUCAGUCUGACCCCCGAUUCAGAUGACCGGCUGGAAGCUUCGUCCUUGGCGGGAGACAGCCUGUCGGAAAUGGACGGCAGCGAAGCAGGAAUGAGGCUGGACGGCAACGAAAGCGACAGCUCGACCUACAGCAGUGUGUCGGGAAGAGGCCCCACUUCCUCCAGCCCCAAAAGCAAGCAGGGUCCGACCUUCACCGUCAACGGGCAGAAGAUCCCGUUGGAUGCUGUUGGACAGUUUCCUUCCAUCAGGGAGGUCCUCCAGGCUGCGGCAACAGAAUAUCGGGCUCAGGACCAAGAGGUCAAUGGGGAAGCCAGAAGCCGGCGGGACAGUAUUUCUAGCAGCAUAUCCAUGGAAAGUUCAGUCGCUGGGACCCACGAUGAGCUGCUUCAAGUCCUCAAAGAGAAGAUGAGGCUGGAAGGACAAUUGGAGGCUCUGUCAUUGGAAGCCAAUGAGGCCCUCAAAGAAAAAGCAGAAUUGCAAGCCCAGCUGGCUGCGGUCCAGAUGAAACUCCAAACCCACAUGGAGCAUUCACAGACCAGCCAGCAGAAGCAGGACUCCCUGAAUUCAGAGGUGGCUACCUUGAAGCAGUCCUGCUGGGAACUGGAACGUGCCAUGGCUGAGCUACAGACCACGUUGGAGGCCAAGAAUGCAGGCUUGCUGGCUUCUCAUAAUGACCUGCAGUUGGCAGAAGAACAGUACCAGAGGCUGAUGGGGAAGGUAGAAGACUUGCAGAAAAAUGUCCUUAGCAAGGAUAGCACGGUUCACGAUCUCCGGCAACAGCUCUCCUCGUUACAAAGUCAGCUUCAGCAGGUCGAACUGGACCGCGCGUCCUUGACCGGUAAGCUGAAGUCCUCUCAGGCAGAGAUCUCGUCCCUGCAGAAGGUUCGGCACUGGUACCAACAACAGCUGGCGGUGGCUCAGCAAGCAAGGAUCCGUCUGCAGAGCGACAUGGCCAACGUAAAGGCUGGACAGAUGACCCAAGUUGGUCUGCUGGAGCAUCUGAAGUUAGAGAACGUAACCCUGUCUCAUCAAUUAACAGAGACUCAGCAUAGAUCGAUCAAAGAGAAGGAACGCAUAGCUGCACAGCUGCAAAAUAUCGAGGCUGACAUGUUAGACCAGGAAGCAGCCUUCCUGCAGAUCCAGGAGGCUAAGAGCAUGGUAGAAGAUGAUUUGCAGAGGAAACUGGAGGAGUUUGAGGACGAGAAAGAACAACUUCAGAAGAUGGCUGAUUCGGCAACAGGAUUGGAGCAGGAGCUGGAAAAGGUCAAAUUAACGCUUCAACAGCGAGACUUACAGCUGGAAACCCUGCAGCAGGAACAGCUGGAUCUGAUGAAACAGUUGACCUCUGCCCAAGAGACGUUACAGACCCAAGACCAAACCUUGGGUGAACUUCAGGUGCGCUAUGACGAACUGGAGGCCAGGUUGGCUGAGCUGCAAGGAGAGGCUGCCUCGAAGGACGACGCCCUCCGCUAUUUGCAGAAUGAGAAGAUCGUUUUAGAAAUCGCCCUGCAGGUAGCAAAGACGGGACAGCAAGGACUUGAAGAGGACAUCCAGCAGUUAGGAGGCCACGCCGAGGCGGCCUCAGAUGUUUUGGAGCAGCUCAAGCAAGAAAUAGCCAUCAAAUCAAGUCAGGUGGAGAACCUGCAGCAGGAGAGUGCAAAUCUGAAGAAGCAAACCCAGAAAGUGAAGGAACAGUAUCUUCAACAGAAGGUGAUGGUGGAGGCCUACCGCCGAGACGCGCUUUCCAAAGAUCAGCUGAUCAGUGAACUGAAGGCCACCAAGAAGAAGCUGGAUGCGGAAAUCAAAGAGUUGAAGCGGGAAUUCCUUCAGCUUCAGAGCGAGAAGAAAACCAUGGAGGUGGAGAAUUCCAAGCUAGCGAAGGAGCUGGUGCAGAUUCAGCAGCAGAUGGAGGAACUGGAGAGCCAGCUUCAGGUGGCCCAGAAAGAACGAAACGAGAUGGAGACAGAGCUACAGUCUUUGCGGUUUGACCAAGGAGAGAUGUCGGCUCUUGUCAAAGUAAACGAAGACUUACAAAGACAAGUGGAUGCAAUGCAACAAGAAACAAAGAUGGCCAUUACCGAACAGAAGCAGAACAUGAAGAGGCUGGGUUCCGAUCUGAACACAGCCCAGAAGGAGAUAAAAGCCAAGCACAAAGCUUACGAGAAUGCCGUGGGGGUCCUUAGUCGGCGGCUGCAGGAGGCCCUGGCGGCCAAGGAGUCGUCUGAAGCGGAACUGAAUGAACUCAAGGCGCAGAUCUCCGAGAGUGAAAGUAACCAAGCCAGCCUAGAGAGGAUCCGGAUGCUGGAGGCGGAAGUGCAGUCUCUGACCCACAGUAAGAUGGUCCUCGAGAAGGAGCUUCAAGAAAUCAUCUCUCUCACCAGCCAGGAACUGGAAGAAUACCGAGAGAAAGUCCUGGAGCUGGAAGAUGAGCUUCAAGAAGCCAGAGGCUUCCGGAGGAAGAUCAAACGCCUGGAAGAUGCCAACAAGAAGCUCUCCCUCGAACUGGAACACGAGCGUGGAAAGCUCACUGGCCUGGGCCAGUCCAACGCAGCUCUGCGGGAGCACAACCGCAUCCUCGAAGCCGCUCUGGCCAAGAGAGAGGCGGAUUUGGUGCAGCUGAAUCUUCAGGUCCAGGCGGUUCUGAGGAGUAAGGAGGAGGAAGAUCAAAAGAUGAAGCAGCUGAUCCAGACUUUGCAAAUGGCUUUGGAGAAAGAGAGAGCAAAUGUCCUAAGCCUUAAGGAACAGGUUACAACCUCAAAAGCGGAGUCGGCACACAACCGUCGGCAUUACAGAGCUGCCGCCCUGGAACUUGGCGAGGUCAAGCGAGAGCUGCAAGGGAAAGAAGUUCUCAUCCAGGCCCUCCAGGCUGAAGUCGACAAGUUGCAGGCAGAAGGCGGAGCGCACUCCGAGGAAGUCUCUCAGAUCCAGCGAGACCUUGUAGACGCUCGGUCCCAGCUUCAGCUUCUGCAGAAGCAGCUGGACGACCAGCUUGGGAAGCAGCCCGCAGAAAAUCAAGAGCUGGAAGACCUCAGAUGGGAGGUUGAGCAGAAAGAGAGGGAGUUCCAAGCUCUGAAGCAACAGCUGGAUUUGACUGAGCAGCGCGGUCAGAAGGAGCUGGAAGGCGUGCAGCUAGUCCUCCAGAACCUCAGGAUGGAAUUGGAGAUGGUCCGGGACGAUUUGUCCCUCACCCAGAAAGAUAAGUUCACACUGCAGGCAAAAAUGUCUGAACUGAAGAACAGCAUCAAGACGCUGCUCCAACAGAACCAACAGCUGAAGCUGGAUUUGAAACAGGGAAAAAUGAAAAAGAAAAAACUCAAGGGAGAGACCAGCUCAAAUCCGGUGACGCCAGUGAAGGUCCCCGAUUGUCCGGUCCCUGCUGCUUUGCUAGAAGAGCUAUUGAAACCUCCAUCAGCUGUGAGUAAAGAGCCACUGAGGAACCUCAACAGCUGCCUCCAGCAACUCCGGCAAGAGAUGGACAGCCUGCAGCAUCAAAUGGAAGAGCACACCGUAACGGUCCACGAAUCGAUGUCUUCCUGGACACAGAUCGAAGGCCAGUUAACGGACCCUAGUACUAAUCUCUCUGUAACUCUAUUAGCCAAUGAGAAUCUUCCUCACAGAGACCUCCAGGAUCAAAAGCCAAGCACGGGCAUCAAGGAAGAGUUGACCCUGUGAUCCCACCCAGGCCCACGGAUUUCCAUCAGAACUGCUUUAAGUAUGAUUGUUGGUUUUUUUUUUUAAAAAAAGUAUUUAUCAAAACCCUAUUUAUAUUUUGUUCUUAAAACAUUUUAAAGUCCU